UUGUUUCCGCGGGAGGCAUCACUCUUUCCCUCAUGUUUUGGAGAUGCCAUGGCGACCAGAGAACUCUGGCAAAAAUGGCACUCGCAUCACUACGAAGAGGCGGUCACUGAAGUUUGCACCUUGCUGGAGGUGCAUGAGCAAGCCUUCGCUUCAGACCAGGAGCUGCUCAACGCUGCAAGUGAUCUGGGCCAGCCUGGGGCCACGCCUUCGCCGGGCCUCGGCAGAGAGGACUUGGCCCUCUUCGGCGCCGCGUGUUGCAACCGCUUGGCCGAGCAGCAGCGGAGCGACUGGCGGCAGAGCGCCCACUGGUGCGCGUUGGCGCGGCAGUUCGAAGGCCACGGGUCACUCCACCUGGACGGGCCGGGCCCCGAGCGCCCGCCGGGCCGAGCCUGCCAGGCUGCCUGGGCCACCAGCCGCUUCCAGCGGCUGUUCACUGUCGCGGAGGCCGCGCGCGCGGCGGCCAAGGCGGCCAAGGCAACGUCAACGGAGACGGCGCAGUGGGACCUGCAGACGUCAGAGAAAUGUUUGAAGGCUUGUGAAGACUUAUGGCAGAGGUGGCCUUCGUGUAGCUCCAGCCCUGAGAGCAUCUACACUUGCUUAGCGGAAGUGUGUUGGCAGCUCAAGGACAUGGAAUCAGUUCGAUCCAGCUGUCGAAAAGCGCUGUCGCUCUUCAUGUCCACAGAUCGCCUGUCUCCGGCCAAAGCGUACGCUUGCAUGUUCGUCCUUUGGGUCUUCCAAAGUGCAGCUCUCGAUGUCUUCAGCUGGCGAGAGGUCCGAGCAGCCCUACAGUGCGCGAAGGAUCUCUUCGAAAGGUUGCAGAAGGGUGGUGCGCCGGAGGAGGAGCUACGACCGCAUCAGCGCAUCCUGCGGCGCUUGCAGCGGCAGGGGCAGGUGGUGCCCAUGGCUCCGAUCGACCUGCAGGAGGCCCAGUUGGAUCUCGGCUUGAGUUCUGAGAAGCCGAGGCCAGAGCAGCAGAGGGAUCAGCAGGAAGAGUUGGAGGUGACCGUGCCCGCGACGGCGGACGCUGCGGUCAUGACGGAGGCACCAGGGUCUCUCCCAGACGAGGCGAUGGAGGCCUUCCUGAAGGAGGUGGCCGAGCAUCCCAGUCCACCAGCCGAUGUGGCGGAGUGUUCCGAGAUUCUGGACUUCCUGCAGCGCCUGGACGAGGCGGGCGAAGCUCCCGAUCCGCCGUGUCGUCUCGGUGUUUUGGAAUCGCUUCUGGCUGAAGCGGCUGAAACGGCCGAAGCGGAACUCGAUGUCCAUGGACUGGAGGAGCUCCUUCGUGAGGCUCGUGAGGCGACUCGCGAGGCGACGCCGGGCGUCCCGAUCCCUCCGGACCCGCCAAGCUCGCCGCGAACGGAGUCUCCACCCACUCCGCCUCCGACUCCACCGCGAUCGACCUCGUACCAGACGGAGAAAGCUCCAGGUGGCCCGUCGGCGUCCGCAUCAUCGCUCGGAGCGAGGACCACUACUGUGACACCGGCAUCUACGCCCACGGUCUCCGUUGAAUCUCGCGUGCCUGUCCCCCCGGCCCGGCGACACGUGACAGCACCAAGGCCUAGCUCCGCACGGGUUUCCCACGCGCCGAAAGAGGCGCCGGGAGCUUCGCGGCACACCCAGCGCCCUCGCCCGGUCAGUGCGCGGGGCUGCAGCAGUUUGGCGUAUUUGAAAGGCUUCCACGGGCAGCACCCACGAACUCCCAGGGACUUGCCAUCUUGGAGCAGCCGGAGUACCUCGCUCUCCGAGCCGGCGCCGAGCAUGCCCAAGGGGAGUGCCCCGGUGUCUCGCAGCUCUGAAGUGCCGGAGGAGCACCGUGGGAGUGCACCGAGGGAACGAAGAAAAGCCCCGCUCCCACGCUUCCGGCGGCCUUCGGGCUACGUCCGCCCAGCCGACACGGCACGCCCCACGGUGCCGAGCCCCUGGCGACCGGAUUGGCUGGAAAAGCAGCUCCAUGCGUACAAGUCUCACCUCGAAGCCUUUUGGGAGAUCAAGGCCGAGGAGUUCAAGGCUUCGAGCUGCGACUCUUCACAGGUGCCGACCCGGAGAUCCGUGGAGAGAUCGGUGGAGGAUCGAUUAGGUGGCCUUUCAGUGUGCUCCACGGUGCCCGAGUGCGACGUCGAGCCGAAGGACUUGCCCUGGGCCUUUGGACGCUUCCGGUGGCAGGAUCAGGCGAAUCGACCGUUGAGCCGCAUCCCUCGGCUGAAGUGAGGCCAAAGUGCCUCUCGGGAUGGCCAUGUUGACUCGCAGGGAGUAGAUCUACAUGGAUG